GUGCCGCCCGCCUUAUAUAAGCCGCCGGCCGCCGCAGCGCCUUCCUCUCGCCGCCUCCUCCUGGCUCACCGCUGUUCGCUGGGCCCCGCGUCGCGCCUCGCCCGGGAAUAAGUCGGCCAGGAAGGCCCCGCUGCCGCCAUGGCAUUUAAAGAUACUGGCAAGGCACCUGUGGAGCAAGAGGUAGCAAUUCAUCGCAUUAGAAUUACUUUGACCAGUCGCAAUGUAAAAUCACUUGAGAAGGUCUGUGCUGACUUGAUCAGAGGCGCUAAGGAGAAAAACCUGAAAGUGAAAGGACCUGUGCGCAUGCCUACCAAGAUUCUGCGAAUCACUACCAGGAAGACACCUUGUGGUGAAGGCUCCAAGACCUGGGAUCGUUUCCAAAUGCGUAUCCAUAAACGACUCAUUGACUUGCACAGCCCUUCUGAGAUUGUGAAGCAGAUCACUUCCAUCAGCAUUGAGCCAGGUGUAGAAGUUGAAGUUACAAUUGCUGAUGCCUAAAUCAUAGUUAUCUACUUCCAAUAAAGCUGGCUUACAAGUUUUCA